AUGGCUGCCAGCAACCGUGAAGAUGUACAACGGCAUUGCUGGUCCUUUGCCUUAAGAGAACUUCUGCGACGGGGCACCUCUUGGCAUUUCGAGCUUUGCGAGGAUACCAUGAAGGACUGUGAAGGCUUUGGCAGCACAGACUCUGACAAAACCAGAGAUGCCAAGCUCAUGUGGCUCUUGCGAGAUUUCCUGUUGGAACUCGUUGAUGAAAAGGGCCGCAGAAUGACACCUGAUGAGUACUUAGAAUCCUCUCUUCGCAAAACUCCUCGAGACGCAGUGGAAAGUCAGCGAUCACAAGCUGCUAGAGAGGUUCGAGAGACUUUGCUGCAGUCUUUUCCAGAUCGUCGCUGCGUUACUCUUUGCCAGCCGGUUAUUGAUGAGGAACAGCUGCGGCAACUGUCUGAGGUGCCAUUUGAGCACUUGCGGCCUGAAUUCCGGCGGGGAUUCCAGGACCUCCAGACCCAGCUGCUUCGUCUGGCGAUGUCUCAUCCCAAGACGGUUCAAGGUGAAGCCAUUUGUGCUUCGGCCUGGGCGGCAAUGCUCCGGAAGCUUGUUGCAGCGCUGAACGAGGGAACUGCCUUGAAUGUGGUGAACGCUUGGAACCAGGUCCAGCACUCAGCCUGCAACGACCUUUCUGCAGAGCUGCAGAGUCGGGUUCUGGAGGAGUUCCAGAAGGCGCCGACUGGUCAGCUUGGCUUUGUCAGGACUCGUGCCCAAAGCAUGACACAGAUGUUGCGGCAAGUUCAAGAGAUGCAGGACAGAGCUGCAGAUCCGUCUGAUCCUCGAUCUCAGGCAUUGAUGAACGCCUUGGAUUCUGACCUUCCAUCGAAGCCAAUCCUACGGGCAGUGCGGGAGGCGCUAAGUACAUCUCGCAUGGCUCGGCUGAAGUGGGAUGGCAACAGCGAUGCUUUGAAGGCGAAGCUGAAGCUUGCCACAGAUGAGCUCGAAAGCAAGGCAGCGUACGGGCUUGUCAGAUUUGUUAGCUUGCAGAGUUGCCACCUGGACCUGCAGUCUCAUCUCAAGCAAACAGAGGCAGCAAUGGCAGCAGCAGCAACAAAGCUCGACGGGGAGCAACUUGAAAAGCCCAGACCUCGAGCAAUGUCAAGCUGCAGAUUCCGAUGUCCACCAAUUCUGUGGUGA